AUGACAACUCUUCACAAAUUCAAGCUUCUCGCCACUCAAUGUGCAGUAACCGGAAGCCCUACGCAAAGUCCCACAACUAGCCCCGUCAUCCACCUCCGCCGCCGCAAGACACUCCGCAUGCUUCUCUCCCGCUCUGCUGAACACCAACGCCGCCGGAUUCCCCGAGGUGAUGACCAGUCUGAACUCCAGAAGGGUCCUCCAGAGAAGAAGAGAGUUAGGAGGAAAUUGAAGGACUUGUUCGUGUCAUCUCCGCCGUUUGAAGAUAAAGAGAAGGAUAAUCCGGAUGAUGCAGUAGAGUUAUUACCGGUUUCCGGUGGUGGCAGCGGUGGCGGUGGAGAUGGAGGUUUGGCUGCUCGGCGCGCUGGAGGUAGUUCGCUAAGACCGCUAUCUGGUACGUUUAGAUAUAGGCUACUCAGAAGAGCUUGGCGACCGAUGCUUGUAACCAUCCCCGAGUAA